UUAGCGACACAGCAUAUGGACGAUGGUCCACCGUCGCCCAACUAAAAAUAGCAUGUAAAACCAAGUAUGCGCAUGCUCAGUGGCGGGCGCAGUAAAUGGUUAAAGUGAAAGUAGAUGUCGCCGCCAUUUUGAGUGAACCAGUACUUAGUGUCUAUAGGGAAGAUCUAAAGAACGCUUUCACAGUGGGGAUCGAACCCGUGACCUCCUGGUUGCUAGGCGGACACCAUAUCCUUUACGCCACAGCUACCUCAGGGUUUGGGGUAACGGUACAGUUUGUCAAGACACCAAACGCAAAGCCUAUCCCAAGGCAAUGCCCCAUUUGCGUGGUAAAAGGCAACACGACUGUGUACCUCCGGGUAACAGACCGCGUUCGCUGGGUGCAAGCGCUGACGGCAGACCCCAUGAAGCCGUUGAUGUCAGAGGCACGUGCUAAGACCGGUCGGAAAGUGAAGAAGAUAAAGCCGAGGAAUUACUACUCUUGCUGGCUGUGCGACCGGUCGGUGAUUGACCGGCUGCGUCAUCUAGAACAGGAGCACAAAAUGGAGGCUGGGACAUUCAAUUUUGUUUACACAAGAGGGCCGUUUCCGGAAAGUCGCGAAAUCUUCAGGAAAGGUGACCAGCAGACUCGCCACUCAUGAUGACUCGGCAUAGGAGGAUGAGAAGGUGGAGGAUGAGGAGGAGGAGGAAGAGGACUUUUCAUUCCUAAUGUGUGUUUUAAAGGAUCUUCUUGAACAAGUUUUGUUUAUCUGACAAGAAAGAAUACUUUCUGUCAUUGA